AUGACUCAACAAAAAUAUGCGCUAAUCAGUGGUGCUUCAUCUGGUAUUGGGUACCAAUUAGCGAUUGCACUUUCUAAAAAGGGUUACAAGGUUUUUGGAUGUGCUCCCGAAUCUGUUUUAUUUGAAAUGAAACCAUUGACCGAAGAAUAUGGGGUUGUAGCCUUCGGUUGUGAUAUCACUAAGAUUGAAGACAUCAAGAAAGCUGCAAAAUUGGUGGGAGAGCAAACUGGGGGAAGACUUGAUAUAUUAUACAACAAUGCCGGAAUUUCUUUUGGUGGGCCAUCUGUGGAGAUGCCAGAUGAUGAGUUAGUGAAAAUAUUCAAUGUCAACACUCUUGGUCAUAUAUCUAUGACGAAAUACAUGAUUGACUACGUUAUUGCCGCAAAGGGAACCAUCGUUUUCACCAGCUCUGUAGCUGCAAGAGUUCCACUUUCAUGGGCCGGUCCUUACUGUGCUACAAAAGCCGCCAUUGACAUGUACGCUAUGGUAUUGCACGGCGAAAUGAAACCAUUUGGUGUCCGUGUGCAUAGUGUUAUUACUGGUGGGGUUGACACCAGUCUUCUCGACACAAUCGACUUGAACAGAAACGCAUCCGGCUCACGUUUUGACGUGGAUGGUUUAUAUGACAGUAUGUGGUCUCUGAGGAACAUGUCCAGAAACAGGUAUACUACCCUUUCGCCUGAAAAAUAUGCCAAUAGAAUAGUUAGAAAGAUUUCUAGGACGUGGGAUAUCGGGUUUAACAUUUACGAAGGUGCUUUUGCCUACUCAUUACAUUUAGCUAGCAGAUAUGUACCAUUUUUUUUAGUCGAAUGGGGUACUGCCUUCCAUUUCAGUCAAUUGAAAGUCUUCAGAAAUAUUAGAAGAAAAUUACUGUCUAAAAAAGAUAAAUAG